GGCCAGCUAAGUAAUAUACAAUGUCCGAUCCAAAGAAGCCGGCGUCGCCUGAUGGCGACGCGCGGCAGCGCGGCGCUCCCUCUCCAUUGGUGCUAACCUUGGUUGGCCUAGGCGUCGCGGGCGCAUGUGUUGCAGCAGGCGUAAUUGGCAAAAAGCUGUCAAAGCCCAAACCUAAGAGCCAUUCCUCCAGGAAAAAAGUCGUGGCGCGGUCCUCGUCCGGCCGUUCUGGCUCCGGCAUGGCGCCCUCAGCCACACCGAGGAAGCAGACCUCUCCUACGCGGCGGUCCUCUGGCUCCCCAGGCAGCGCGGCAGCCACCUCCCCAGCAACCGGCUCCCCUCAGGCAGCCGCAGCCGCCACUGCCCCCGCAGCAGCGGCAGCAGCUGCUGCCCCCGCCGCCACCACAGCCCGGGCCGCCACUGCCGCAGCCCGCCCGGCCCCGGCUACUGCUUCCUCUGCUGCCCCUCCAGCCAAGACGGCCCCUGCCGCCAAGCCCGCCGCACCGGCCCCCGCUACGCAGCCCGCUGCAGCCGCGGUGAGUGCCCCCAGCGCCCCCGCAGCAGCAGCAGCGGCAGCAGCGGCACCGGCCCCCAAGCAGGAGCCCGCAGCCGCCCCUGCACCCGCACCCAAGGCAGCAGCAGCCGCCCCCGCACCCACAGCCCCCCCUGCCCCCGCAGCGGCUCCUCAGGUUGCCGCCGCCCCCGCAGCGGUGGCUCCCCAGCUGCCCCCCCAGAAGCAGGAGCAGCCCCAGCCCGCCGCAGCCCCCAAGCAGGAGGCCGCAGCAGGCCCCCAGCCGGCGGCCCCUGCGGCCCCGGAGGCUGCUGCUGCGGCCCCACCUGCCAGCACCGCCGCAGCAGCGCAACCGCAGCAGCAGCAGCAGGUGGAGAAGGGUGAGCAGGCUAAGGUCCAAGAUGAGAAGCCGGCAGUCAACGGCCCCGCAGCAGCAGCGGAUGCUGCUGCCCCCGUUGUCACUGCUGCCGCCACACCCGCGGAGGCGGCAACACCGGCCGCCGCAGAGCAGCAGCAGCAGCAGGCGGAGGAGGAGGCGGCUGCACCCGCCGCGCCCAGCAGCGCACCUCUGCCGCAGGAAGCCGCCAUGCCGGCGCCGGAGGCAGCUGCUGCUGCUGCUGCAGGGGCAGGUGCGCCCCCAGCCGCGCAGGCGGAUGUGGACCUUGUGAAGUCGGCUCUGGAGGUGCAGGUGCAGGGAGAGGGGGAGGGGGAGGCUAGUGGCUCGUCCGCUGCCACCACCACCGCCACCACUACCGCCGAGGCUGCCGGCGAGGUGGAGGAGGCGGAGGAGGGUCCCCGCAGCGAGUCCGAGCUGCAGGCGGAGGGGCUGCUGCUGGCCAGCACCACCGCGUGGAACGGGCAGGGCAACAAGGCGCAGGGGGUGAAGCUGGCGCGGAGGGCGCUGGAGGUGCUGCAGGGGGGGCCGCACAGACCCAAGUUCCGCUGCGAGGCGGCCUCCUCGCUGGCCGACAUGCUGUACGCGCUGGGUCGGCUGGAGGAGGCGCUGGGGGCGGUGGCGGAGGCGGAGGCGGCGGCGCGGGAGGCGCGCGACUGGGGCAUGGUUGUGAAGCUGAGCAACAACAUGGGCGCGCUGUACAAGAAGCUGGGGAGGCCUGCCGAGGCGGAGGCGCUGCACCGCUCCUGCUACUCGCUGGCGGCUGCCGAGCUGGGUCCGGGGCACCCGCUAGCGCUGCUGGCGCGGAGCAACCUCACGGAGACGCUGAGUCUGCGGCGGCAGGGGGGCAGCGGCGGGGGGGCGGGGGAGGCGGCGGAGGGGGAGAGCGAGGAGGAUGUGGCCGCGAGGGAGGAGGCGCGGCAGCUGCUGCAGACCGCCCUAGCCCAGCUGGAGGCCGAGGAGGCGAUGCAGCGGGAGACGCUGCAGCAGCAAACCACCUCCGCCCCUGCUGCUGCCACCACCGCUACCUCCCCCGACGCCCCCGACCCCUCCCCCGCUGCCGAGGAGAGCCCCGCUGCGGCGCUGCUGCGGCGCACGCGCACCGCCAUCAUCCGCACGCACAUCGAGCUGGGGCGGCUGGAGAUGGUGGCGGGGCAGGACCCGGGUGCCGCGGAGGGGGCGUACCGGCGGGCGCUGCAGCUGAGCAACGAGGUGUACGGGGAGGAGUCGCGGGAGAGCGGCGGACCGGCGUUCAGCCUGGCCAACUGCCUGAGGGCCAUCGGGAAGAAGGACGAGGCCCGGCAGCAGUACGAGCGGCUGUAUGAGCAGCUGGUGCAGCGGGGGGCGAUGGGCGAGGAGACCGCAGUACACCUGGCCCGCGCGUUAGCGGACCUGCAUGAGGAGUUGGGCGACUGGGCCGCUGUGGACAAGUACUCCUCCUCCGCGCUGCUCUCCAUGACUCAGCUGAUCGGCACCUCCGCGCACCCGGUGCUGGAGUCCUUCUACCAGGCCGCAUGCAGGGCCAAGGCGCACAACGGGGACACGGCGGGUGCGGAGGCGCUCAAGCGGCAGUUCCUGACGGCCAUGCUGCGGCUGAGCCAGCAGCAGCACGC